AUGCUCCCUUCCUUGAUCGCCGUCAUCUUUCUCCUCGCCCCCCUUUUCGCCUCCCCCUCAUCCCUCCCUCCAAGUCUUCUACCUCUUCUGCCCUCGAAUUCCACUCUCAGCUCCGCCAACCUCACCGCCCGCAUGAACCAGGUCAACUGCCGCCGCGACCCCGAGUCCCGACCCCUGAGCGACUUCUCAACCUGCAUCCCCUCACUCUUCCGCCUCUACGCCACGCCCCGCAUCCACCGUCCCGUCGUUUGGGACCCGGGCGAUUUCAAGCAGUGGGGGCCGGAGACGGAUCUUGGUGGCUGCUACAUACUGGUCGACGGUGGGGGUGGGAGGGAUGUGUUUUCGAUACAGACGCUGUUGGGGCCGGCGGUUUGGGCGCUGGGGAAAUGCUUUGUUGGUGAGGUAGAGAGUAGGUAUCUUUUGGCGAAGACGAGGGUCGGGCCGAGGAAGGAUUGGUUUGUGAGUAUUGUGUUGGAGGUAUCAGGAGUGGCGGUGGGGAAUGGCAGUGUUUCGUAG